AGAGGAAAUUUUUAAAGAAACCAAUCGUUUCGAGUACACUUUAACGCCGAAACUGUAAACGGCUUUCGACCGCGAUUGUGCCGAACGGAAACGGAAACCACAGGAAUCAAAAGGGGCCAAUCUAUUGUGCGAGUCUAAUAGCGACAGCAUCGAUUCGACAAUUUUCUAAUUGGUAUAUCAGUGCGUCGAUUUCGAAAGUAUAUUCCUCCUUCUGGAACAGUUUAUCAUUUUAGAUUAUUAUAUUUACGCUUUUGCUUCGAUAUGGGAAAGCUAAGUUGCAGUUCAAAACUUUAUUGAUAUGGCUACUGAUUUAUUUCCGGACUUGUACCCUGUUGGAUCGGUAAAAGGAGCGUCUGAGAGAUUAGUAGCGGUUCCCUCAAUGGACUGCAGCGGCGUUAAACUUGAGAUAAAAGGAAUUUUCGGAUGUUUGAGAGGCAACAUGCGACAGCCUAAGACGGGGGCUUUGAGCGCCACGGCGCCAGUUUCUACCACCGAUGGGCAAUUAAAGUUCCAAGACACUAGAUUCUUGACAACUCUAGUACUGGGUAGAAGCAGGAAGAUAUCCCCGGACGUAUUACCAGCGUGUUCGCCGGGCAUAUUUCGACAGAAGCCGUUUCGCCUGACGACAAACCAAUGCGCGACUUUACCAAGUCUUGCGCAUACCUAUCGUAACUACUCGGCACGGGGUUCCAAACACUCGCGACUCGGCACUGCAUUAGCCCACAAAAUGGCGUCGGCGAGUUCCACUGCGGUCGUACAGGGCUGGCCCAAUACCAAAGACGACUACGACCUCAAGGAAGUUAUCGGUGUCGGUGCCACGGCUGUAGUACAUGCAGCAUUUUGCAUCCCUCGCCAAGAAAAAUGUGCAAUCAAGCGAAUAAACUUAGAAAAAUGGAACACGAGUAUGGACGAGUUGUUGAAAGAAAUCCAAGCUAUGUCUUCAUGCAAUCACGAGAACGUAGUAACUUAUUACACUUCGUUUGUGGUGAAAGAAGAGCUGUGGCUUGUUCUAAGAUUAUUGGAAGGAGGUUCCUUACUUGAUAUAAUUAAGCACAAAACACGGACUACAAAUUGCAAACAUGGAGUGUUUGACGAGCCAACAAUAGCAACGGUACUUCGAGAAGUGUUGAAAGGUCUAGAGUACUUUCAUAGUAAUGGUCAAAUUCACAGGGAUAUAAAAGCAGGUAAUAUACUGCUGGGAGAAGAUGGGACUGUUCAAAUUGCCGACUUUGGCGUAAGUGCCUGGCUUGCGACUGGGCGAGAUUUGAGCAGGCAAAAAGUUAGGCACACCUUUGUUGGAACACCAUGCUGGAUGGCACCUGAGGUCAUGGAGCAGGUGAGAGAGGAUCACGGGUAUGACUUCAAAGCGGAUAUUUGGUCACUGGGAAUUACGGCUAUUGAAAUGGCUAGUGGUACAGCGCCUUACCAUAAAUACCCACCAAUGAAAGUUCUCAUGUUGACUUUACAAAACGAUCCUCCUACCCUUGAUACAGCUGCGGAUGACAAAGAUCAAUACAAAGCAUACGGGAAAACAUUUCGAAAAAUGAUUGUAGAUUGCCUGCAAAAGGAUCCCACAAAAAGACCAACGGCAACGGAGUUGUUGAAACAUCCGUUCUUCAAAAAAGCUAAGGAUAAAAAGUACUUGCAGCAGACGUUGGUAGCCAUUGGUCCUAGUUUGGAAACUCGAGUGCAGAAAGCUUCCAAAAGACAGCCAGGAACUUCGGGUCGAUUGCACAGAACAGUGACCGGAGAAUGGGUGUGGUCAUCGGAAGAAGAAGACAGCGGUGGUUCGAGCGAUGGAGAAAGAGAAGAGGCUCUGCCAGUAAACACAAUCGACAAUGGUAGUAGUGAAGACGAAGUUGUGGAAUCUGAAGAAGAUUAUGGUAUUGUGAAACCUGCACAGAGCCACGUUGUCAUCCAAGCUGCAGAACAGAAUGUACCAAUAAAUUUGGUCCUUAGAUUACGUCGUCCAGAUGCUCAGUUCAGUUGCGAAGAAAACUCCAAAAAUCAGAAACGAGAACUGAAUGAUAUUCGAUUCGAAUUUGCUGUUGGGAUCGACUCUGCCGAAGGUAUUGCUGCUGAACUUGUUGGCGCAGGGUUGGUUGACGGCAAAGAUAUUGUUGUCAUAGCAGCAAAUCUACAAAAGCUCAUUGACAGUGCAGGUCAACUGCGGACUGUCACAUUUUCAUUGAAUUCGGGGUAUGCGGCAAACGAAGUACCAGACGAUAAAGCAUUGAUAGGCUUUGCACAGAUUUCCAUUACGGAUUAAGUGUGCGUGAAAAUAUUUUGAACCCUCAGGAUCAAGUUUGCAGUUGAUGCUUUUAAGUGAUAACGAAUAGAACAGACUCAAAUGCUGCAUUAAAUGUUGCGUUUUUAGUUUCUGCAGUCAGUAUGUUUUCGAUUCUGUAGGAACAAUAUCUUAGCGAUUAUGCGUAACGUAAAUGGGUAAUAUGUUUGACAAACAAGGUGUUAGAAGGAAUCAGUUAAAUGCCAAGUUCUAGUUGAAAUGAAGAAACACUUUAUUUUUAUAACUCUUGAAUGUCACCCAGAAAGCCAAAGUUUUGAAAGACUUGAAUGAAUAGUGGGAACUGAGUUACAUUGAAAAUUAAUCAAUGUAGUCAUUGUAGUGCCAGUUACACAUAAUCAUAAAAUAUUGUUCGUGUUAUAUUUUCCUUGUACAUAUUAGCAAUUUAAUUUCUAACAUCAGGCAUUCUGGCUCUGUGCUUCAAGCAUGAAAAGGAGAAGACUUGUUCAAAUGAAGUCUUAAUACGUUCAAUCUUCGAUAAAUCAGGUAAAUCAAUGGUUAUAUAUGUACAUUAUUUACAUAUUACACGGUUUGUUUUCGAGAGCCUGAUUCCUAUGUUGCUGCUAGAUGCAACAAUGCCAAUAUUAAUUUUAUUUACUUAUCAUUUAAUGUGGCAGGGGUUUGGUUGGGUGAUUUCACACAGAAUUACGUGAAGUCACUGAUCGUUUUUUCUGGUACAAAAUAAGAAUAACCGAAAUGUAUCUACCGUGCUUCGUAUCGUAGGACUUAGAAAGAUAAAAAGUACUAAAAACUGUUUUGUACUUAAUUGAAAACAACUAUACAUAUAUAUUUCAACGGCUUGAAAUAGCUGUAUUAUUGAUAUUCUAAAUUUUCACACGCAUCUUAACAUUUUUAAAUAUAAGAUCGAGAGUAUUGAAUUUAAUUUGUUUUCACCUAUCGUACACAUAUAAAUUAUAAAAUUAUUUGUAAAUAUUUCAAAUUUUAAUGAAUAAAUUUGAAUGAACUAAUUAAGGGUUCAUGAAUAAUGGGCGAACAUCUGAUGCUUAAACUUGAGAGUAGAUGUAAUUUGUGUGUAAGCUGUAGAUUAAAAAUCAUGUAGUAGUUUAUAUUGUUAAGUUUUAGUUGUACUUGAAAAGAGACAACACCUGCACUCAAGACUUUCUCAUAAUAUCGUACUUCUGAAUAUCUGUAAAAAAAAUGUCAUUUAGUUUAGCGUAACUAGACUUGAAAUGUGCCUUACUCUUGACACAAUAUGGCCAUCCUUAGUCGCGCUUAAAAACUCGGCUUUUCAUAGUGAUGAACAUCGGUUACGGUUAUUAACAAUCAAUUGCAACAUAUAGUGCCAAAUACGGCGUGCUACAUGUAUAGCAAUUAGCUAUAUGCGCUAUAGUAUAAUUUAUUUGUACUCACAUCGAGGAAUAUUCAGUGAGAAAUAAAACGUGUUUAAACGCAUCAUAUUGAAAAA